CUGCAUGUGGGGCCUCUGCUUCCAGAUUACCGCCUCUAUUUUUAUCUUUUCAAGCUAUUACUACCACAAACAGCACAAGUGGCUCCCCACUCGAGGUACCGAUAUUGGAUUCACUUUCAUGACAGGGUAUGGCGUUCCUAAGCUAAGUAAUAUCAGGAAACAGAGCAUAAAAACAAAAGUUUGGGUACGGUUGUGAGCUCCGUCUAACGGGUCUGCUUCUCCUUUAAGUACCGGAAAAGAAACUAUGACGUCAGCACUAAAACCUGCUCGGACUGGGUGACUGACUGACUGACUGACUGGCUGGCUGGCCCUCGGAAAAGUGAAGUGUUCGCCGUCACCGCUACUACCAACUUUCCUCCCUGCUUUGUCCGUCUUGUUUGUUCGACGCUACAGCGCGCCUCUGUAAGACGUUUUAAUUGAUGUAAAAAAAAGUUACUUAAGUUUUCUUGGAGGGACUGACGUACAGCAGCCGCUACCCAAGAUGGAUAAGCUAACUCAUAGCUGACUUGUUAGCCGAAAAGUCAUAGGUCAAGAAUAGGAGCGAACAAGCAUGCUAACAGCUAGCUAGCUUAGCAUUCCGCUGCUAGCUAACCGAGUGACUUCGUUACCCCGUAACGUCAGACGGAGCCCGGCUGCUGUUUUGUCUCAUCUGGACCUGGUUUGCGACACAGUUUAUCGACAGGAAGACCCUGUCUUGAAAAGGGACUACGGUAUUUAAACCGGACCGGAGAGGUGAUCGGGGUUGUUGGUCUCCCAGCCAAACAUAAUGCUAUCGAACGCUCAGAACCAGCCGCUCUUUCCGAACCCGACCGGACAACAGAAUCCCGCCGGGCAGCAGAACCCGACGGGUCAGUUUCUCCCCUUCCUGAGCAGACCCACCUUACAGAUCAAGAAGAACGCCAUUAUAGACGACUACAAGGUGACCAGUCAGGUGUUGGGUCUGGGUAUCAAUGGCAAGGUGCUUGAAAUUUUCCAGAGGAAGACCGGGGACAAGUACGCUUUAAAGAUGCUACAGGAUUGUUCCAAAGCACGUAGAGAAGUGGAGCUCCAUUGGAGGGCGUCGCCAUGUUCCAACAUUGUACGAAUUAUCGAUGUCUAUGAGAACCUCUAUCAAGGCAGGAAGUGUCUGCUUAUUGUCAUGGAAUGCAUGGAUGGCGGUGAGCUUUUUAGUCGAAUCCAGGACAGGGGCGACCAGGCCUUCACAGAAAGAGAGGCAUCUGACAUUAUGAAGAGCAUAGGAGAGGCGAUCCAGUACCUGCAUGCCGUCAACAUUGCACACAGAGAUGUUAAGCCCGAGAAUUUACUGUAUUCUACAAAGAGGCCCAACGCUUUGCUCAAACUCACAGACUUCGGCUUCGCAAAGGAGACCACAUCUCACAACUCUCUUGCGACUCCCUGCUACACACCCUACUAUGUUGCUCCAGAGGUUCUGGGCCCAGAAAAAUACGACAAAUCAUGUGACAUGUGGUCGUUGGGCGUCAUCAUGUAUAUUCUGUUGUGUGGAUACCCCCCUUUUUACUCCGACCACGGUCUAGCCAUUUCUCCUGGGAUGAAGAAGAGGAUCAGGAUGGGCCAAUACGUGUUUCCCAAUCCAGAGUGGUCUGAUGUAUCAGAAGAAGCCAAACAGCUGAUUAAAACCCUCCUGAAGACGGAGCCCACCCAAAGGUUGACCAUCACAGAGUUUAUGAACCACCCCUGGAUUAACCAAUCGAUGGAGGUUCCUCAGACGCCACUUCACACUAGCCGGGUGCUCAAGGAAGAGAAAGAUGCAUGGGAGGACGUCAAGGAGGAAAUGACGAGUGCCUUGGCAACCAUGAGGGUCGACUACGAGCAAAUUAAGAUCAAGACCAUCGAGGACUCGACCAAUCCACUGCUCACAAAGAGGAGGAAGAAAGCCAGUAAUGCCAUGGCGCACGCCACGUCUGCUGCCCGCUGAACCAUGCACGCACAUACAAACACACAUUGGUAAAAGGAAGCAAUAAUUUGUCGACAUGUGAGUUGCACUGCAUGGAUUGUUUUUUUUUGUUUGUUUUCUUUCAAGUCUAAUGUUUUGUAGAAGUGUUUUUUUUUAUUACUCAAGCAUUUAAACAACUUUCUUCCCUGUUGACAGAGAGAUUCAUCAUCUGUGUUUUUACAUGAGGGAAGAGGUUAUGAAUUAUAUAAAAGGCAAGGAGAAGCACUGGGAUUCAUCUUCUCCCUCAACCAUCAGGUUUUGUUGUCAGCAUAAGUUCAUGAACCCCUAACUAGUGAAUGUCAAAAAAAAAAGGCUGACACCCCCAACCGCCUCCCCAACCAAAAAGCAAGGGAAAAUGUUCUUUUUCAUGCAUACAGUGUAAAGACAUGGACUUGAGAGUCUGUCAGGUCCUGUUUUGUCCUGGUGGCAUCAGCACCUACCAAGGCCGUUUGGUGUGCUGUUGUCACCCGUACCCCCCACCCCCACCCCCCCACCUGCCUUAAAUACUUGUUUCAGGGCCUGUCUCGAGGCAAAGAAGGUAGCAUGUUUGACCUGCACGUAGCUUCAAAGAGAUCCAAUUCUAUUUUUUCACAGAUUUUUAUAGCAUUUUAACAUAGGCCAUGUUGAGGUUUUGUUUUUAUAUAUACAAAACAGGAAAUGACCUUAAAAACCACCAUUUGGUUUUGUUGCCAGAUUUCAGGUUAAAUGCUAUGCAGAUGGUAUGUCGGCUUGAAGUACUGAUUUUUUGUUUUGUUUUUUUGGUUUGUUUGUUUGCCCAGUGUAUUGGAGAGAUGGGGAGUAUAUGCGUGUGUUUAAUGUAGGCAGAAUGACCCUCAAGUGGGAGCAGAAGGUCAACUUCUUAUGUUCUUGGUGAGAGGAACUUUGAACCAGAAGGACUAAAAUGCUGUUCUCGGUUCAGUUCUUUCAUUGUUCUCGACAACAACGGCACCUCUACACCUCCGGCUGGACUAAUCAGUAGUAGAAAGCGCUAAAGAGCGUUCUCCUCACACCACCAGCAAGCUGUCAUCACAGUCAGAGGGUUUGAUUGAUGGUUCCCCGUCAAUAUUCUCUUCAUUGCGGACAGGUUGAGUCGACCACAUUGUCACAAAUCGCACUGUAAAAAUGAUUGUUGAAUGUUUGUGGUCAUUUUUGUCCUUCUCGGCACAUUUUAGUUGCAAGAUGCAGAAAUGUGUCUUACCUUUUUUGUCUUCAGUCAGCUGCAGCUGCCAUAUUUUGUCUGCUUGCUUUCAAUUAAAAAAAAAACUCACAAAAUUUUGUGUUUGAGAUAUAAUUUGAAUUCGUAUAGAGUUAUGGAAAAUUGACUCGAGUAAUGCAACCACCUAUUUAAAAAUGAUCUGCACUGAUUGUGUGUGACGUAACCAAACAGUGCUGACUGCUAACGGGCAAUCCCUGACCCUGGCAGUCCCUUAUGGGAAUUCUUUAAUGGGACAUGCCGUAAAAUGUUGCUCUUCUGGCUUUGUAACAUGUGCACCCCCUUCCAUGAAUCCCCCAUGACAGAACGUGUCUCAUUCCACAUGUAAAGUGUACCGUUUUGGCAGCCGUCCACAGUUGAGGGAAAAGCCCAGUCAAGUUAAAUAAGGUUAUGCAAAGUCAUCCAGUCUAACUGUUUCUAGGGGUGUCAAAUGAAAGCAUGAAUUGCGAUUAAUUUGUCAUAUUUACUGUUUUAUUUGAAUUGCGUGAUUAUUAAUCUCUAACUUUCCAUUUCUUUAAUCAGAUCCACACGUGAAUGUAUUAUUGGGGGAAUAACAAAAGACACACCUACUUGAGAUGCUGUAAACGGAUGCAGACAAAACCAUGUGACAACCCGAAAGUAUAAAAGAAGGCAUGCCCACAAGGUAAAAAAAAAUAUAUAUAUAAAUGUUGAGUGGGAGUCAUUCCUAAUCGCGUUACAGUCUUCCCUCGUCAACUACUUUUUUAAAAUGUAAUUUAGCAUCUAUUUUUUUAACAUAGUUCGAAUUUGCGUUAUUCUGCAGACUUGUGGUGUAUUAGAACAACCCGGUUCUCUAUUGUAUGUAUGUUACUGUAUUUACUCCUGCUACCAGUAAAGGGUGUUGUAUACCCAAGAGUGUUCAGACGCUGCAGUUUUAUGCGUGCAGCCACCCACAACAGUCCUGACUGACUUAAGGGAGUACCCACUCAAUGUGUUUUGCG